AUGCCACAACAACUCACUGCCAGCAAGACCGAGGAGCUGAUUACUGACUUCAGGAAGAGGAAAGGCACCCAGCACGGGACCCUGGACCGGUUGCCCACCCACCACGGGACCCUGGACCGGUUGCCCACCCACCACGGGACCCUGGACCGGUUGCUCACCCACCACGGGACCCUGGACCGGUUGCCCACCCAGCACGGGACCCUGGACCGGUUGCCCACCCACCACGGGACCCUGGACCGGUUGCCCACCCACCACGGGACCCUGGACUGGUUGCCCACCCAGCACGGGACCCUGGACCGGUUGCCCACCCAGCACGGGACCCUGGACCGGUUGCCCACCCACCACGGGACCCUGGACCGGUUGCCCACCCAGCACAGGACCCUGGACUGGUUGCCCACCCAGCACGGGACCCUGGACCGGUUGCCCACCCACCUCGGGACCCUGGACCGGUUGCCCACCCACCACGGGACCCUGGACCGGUUGCCCACCCAGCACGGGACCCUGGACCGGUUGCCCACCCAGCACGGGACCCUGGACCGGUUGCCCACCCACCACGGGACCCUGGACCGGUUGCCCACCCAGCACGGGACCCUGGACCGGUUGCCCACCCAGCACGGGACCCUGGACUGGUUGCCCACCCACCACGGGACCCUGGACUGGUUGCCCACCCACCAGGGGACCCUGGACCGGUUGCCCACCCACCACGGGACCCUGGACUGGUUGCCCACCCACCACGGGACCCUGGACCGGUUGCCCACCCAGCACGGGACCCUGGACCGGUUGCCACACAGCACGGGACCCUGGACCGGUUGCCCACCCAGCACGGGACCCUGGACCGGUUGCCCACCCAGCACGGGACCCUGGACCGGUUGCCCACCCAGCACGGGACCCUGGACCGGUUGCCACACAGCACGGGACCCUGGACCGGUUGCCCACCCACCACGGGACCCUGGACCGGUUGCCCACCCAGCACGGGACCCUGGACCGGUUGCCCACCCAGCACGGGACCCUGGACCGGUUGCCCACCCACCACGGGACCCUGGACCGGUUGCCCACCCACCACGGGACCCUGGACCGGUUGCCCACCCACCACGGGACCCUGGACCGGUUGCCCACCCAGCACGGGACCCUGGACCGGUUGCCACACAGCACGGGACCCUGGACCGGUUGCCCACCCAGCACGGGACCCUGGACCGGUUGCCCACCCAGCACGGGACCCUGGACCGGUUGCCACACAGCGGUCACUGGCGAGGGGUGCCGAGCUGGCGGGGGCGUGUGAACGCGCUGUGGAAAUGCACAUCUCACUCCCCGCGACAGACGGAGAGGUAA